AACUAAAAAAAAAAAAAAAAUGAAAGUUUCGGGAGGGACGAAGUAGCCGAUAAAACAACAAGCACCACAAGUUCUUCCAAUUCGACUGAUAUUAUUUUCCACAAGGUCAAGAUGGAACCUUCUGAGUGAACUGUGACAACACAAUUGAGAAGGAAGAAGCACCGGAAAUUCAUUCAUUUAGCUUUAGCAAUUAAUUAGUAGCCACACUCAAAAAUGGCGCCAAAUAGCGACAACGAUGACGACACAAACGACGCCGUUUCAUCAAAUCCACCUACGGAGGAAACAACCGCCACCAAGAGGCGGCGUUUGAACUCCUCCACCAUCGAAACCCUCACAUCACCGCCACUUCCCACUCUUCCAUUCGAAAUCAUCGCAGAUAUUCUCUCUAAGCUUCCAGUCAAAUUCCUCAUGCAACUUAAAUCCGUCAGUAAACCCUGGAAAUCUCUCAUCUCCGAUCCUAAAUUCGCCAAAAAGCACCUUCGUGUGUCAACCACGCGCCACCACCUUAUUUUAACCUACGUUAAUUCCUCACGCGAGUUUGUUAUCACGGAUUACCCUCUCUCCUCCGUCUUUACAGAAAUAACCGCCACGGCCGCCGCUGCUACACAGCUAGAUUACCCUCUGCCCAGUCGAAACCGUUUCGAUGUCAUUGUUGGAUCUUGCCAUGGUAUACUCUGUUUUGCACUCGAUCAACGUUUUGCUCUUUUGUGGAACCCUUCCAUUAGAAAAUUUGUGAAAUUGCCUUCUUUGGAGAAUCCAAAACGAGAAGGAAGUUACACAAUAUAUGGAUUUGGCUAUUGCUAUGAUAAUUUCAAUGAUAAUUACAGUUACAAGGUUGUUGCUGUUAAUUGUUAUGAAUCUGAAUCAGAUAAUAGGGUUUACAAAACUAAUGUGAAGGUUCAUACUUUGGGCACCAAUUCUUGGAGAUGGAUUGAAGAUUUUCCUUCUGGUGUUCCUUUCGAUUCAUCGGGAACAUUCGUUAGCGGAACUAUUAAUUGGUUGGCAUCUAAAGAUUCUUAUACUACAUGGAUCAUUGUUUCUCUCGAUUUGGAGAAGGAAUGUUAUCAAGAGUUAGUGCAGCCUAAUUAUGGAGCGGUAACGGUGGUUACUUUAACGUUAGAGGUGGUGAGGGAUUGCUUGUGCAUUCUUGCUCAUAGUGAUACUUUUUCAGAUGUUUGGCUUAUGAAAGAGUAUGGAAAUAAAGAUUCUUGGACUAAAUUGUUCCGUAUUCCUUACAUGGGAGAUGUCGGGCCUUGUCCUUACACCAAAGUACUUUAUGUUUCUGAGGAUGAUCAGGUGUUGCUAGAGUGUCAGGCUGAGUUGGUUGUUUACAAUUCUAAAGACGGUACUUUUAAAACACCCGAAUUUCAAAACAUCAAUCGUUGGAUGGUCCCUGAAGUCUACGAAGAAAGUUUGAUAUCCCCUUGUUCUUAAUAGUAGAAUGUACUGUAUUUAAUAAUGUAGAUGUCAUGUUAUGCCGCUUGUGCAUUAGGUUUAUGAAGAGUCAUCUACUGGAAUCUUCAACUCCAUAACUACAAUAUGUUAAUUUCAAUUUGUGUCAUGUACCUUAUAUUUUUGUUGGUUACAUCAUGGAUUUUGUUCACUAUUAGUUGAUGUAAUAUGUUGCUUGAGAAAUUGCUGUGUUAGGUUUAAUUUAUUUGAUAGUUAGAGUUUUUUGCUGGUUCUUCAAUUGUGCACUUCAUUAUAUGGUUAGUGGUUUGGUUUUCUAAUAUUGGAAUUAGGUCUAUUCCCUUUGGCUGUCACUUGUGUGUA